AAGGAGUUUCAACUCUAAUUGGACAAUCAUCACCUGGAACCAAAAUCUAACCAAUCAGUGUAUUAUAUGACAAGCUAGCCUGCUAUCACAAGCUCACACCUUUUGAUUUCCAAUUUAAAUCAUACUGUCAAAGCUGUGUUAGUUUGUCAGUGGUAACCUUCUUUUUUGCAUAUAUGGAGGCAGCCACGUCUACCUUGCACCACUCUUACGGACUGGGCCCUCGUGGUCCAAACCCACCGCAUGGAGCUCAGGUGGCCCAAGGGCCCCAUCAGCCGGAUCAAGGGCCUUCAGGAGCUCCACAUCCUGAGGAGCAGCAGCAGCAGCAGCAGCAGCAGCACCAAAAACCUUUCUUCUACAUACAGCCUUUGCAGCCAUGCCUGCCCAUGCAGAGUCUGCAGUGGCCUGUGCCCAUGCCAAUGCCUGUGUCCUACAACCCCUACUAUGGCUACCCUGGUUUAGGUUAUAGCAUGCCAAUGAUGCCCCACUAUCAGCCAAAUCCGUACAUGGAGCCACCUGGCUUUGUUGUACCCCAUACCCACCUCCAUUUGAUGGAUUACAGACGCAUGCUCAACCCCCAGUAUUACCAGACCAUGGCCUACCACGCCCGCAGGUUCCGCUACCAACACAAUGCCCCAGCCAGAGAAAUGACCAGCUCUGAGGUUCAAACUGAACCACUGUCUGGCACCCAGAGGACAAGCACCCCAGGGCUCAGCAAUGUUGACGCCACCAAUGUCCUCCCAGUCUGCAACAGCAGCAGCAACACCCCAAGUGUCCCCACCAGUCAGCUGCUCUCACCAGCCUUGGCCUUGCAGAAAGGGGAUCAUUCUUUGGAGCUCAAGGACAUGGUGCCACCUUCUACCACCAGGACGCCACCAAAUGGCAGCUUCGUGAUUCAGACAGAAGAAGUGAGAAUUGAAUGCUGCACCACACCGGUGGGACUGCAGGUUCUGCAUUCUCAUGAGACAGCAGAAGUGUCCCACAGAUUUUCCCAAGACAUGGUCCAGUGUAGCCCCAUCCUCCAAGGCCGCAUGCUGCAGGACGAUGGCCUAUGUCUUCCUGCAGACAAGUCAGAGCAGUCACUCCAAGCUUGUCCUGACAUCUUGUUAGUUGGGACACCCAGUGGUGGUGAGAAGAUCCCUGAGCUGGAGGAGUCAAGGAACCAGGCAGACCCUGUGACUGUCACUUCGUCGUUGGAUUCACAAGUAGCAACUCACGGUGAAGUUGAGGGGACAAGGAGCGAGAAAGAUCGGAGUAUGACUUCCAAGAAUUUUCACUUUAAAGUUGUUCACUUGCCCUUUGACCCCAAAUAUCUGGAAGAGCUGCGGAAGAUGGAGUCCACUGUCUGGUCAAUGGACGAAACUUUGAUUCCUUCCCCUGAAUCACUGACCCAAAAUGGCCUCACAGAGUCUUAUGAUGAAACACUGGCUGCUGUAGCUGAAGUGCCCUCAGCAGAUGCACUCACGUUGAGAGAGGAGGCUCCUACAGAGGAGGUUGUCCCUGUGAUUGAGAUGCCUCUUCUGGUAGAGGAUGAACUGGAGGACAUAGUCCCCACUAUGGAGGGUCCUGGGGAUGAGAUGGUGUCUGAAGCUGAUAUGUGCCUUAUGAUGGAUGUUCCUGUUGAAGAGGAAGCUCCCGAAGCAGAGGUGACUCUUGCACCUAAUUUGCUGUUAUUAGAUAACCCCCCUUUUAAGGCAGAUAGAAACCAACAUAGACAAGAAACACAUAUCCAGGAUCACCAGGACACCUCAUUUGAGUCCUUGCCUGCCUACCUACCCUCGACCAGCUGGCUAGCUGACUUUGACAAUGUCUACUAUUGUAGCAAGAUGCCACCAACUCCCAAGAAGCAGAACAAACCUCUGAGCAGAUGUGGUUUAGAUGUGCCUACCAGAAGAAGAAAACUAGACUUAGAGUACAAAGAACAACCUACUGUUCGUAAGCCAAAAGAGAGGUACAAACCCAAAGGCAAGGUGGAUCGACGAAGCCUCUCUGACCAUGAAUGCUGCCUGAGCAGAAAUUUCAAUGAGAAUGUGUUCACCCCCUAUGCAUCCAAGAGGGAACGACUUUGUGGCAGAUGUCUGACAAAGCGUCAGAUCUGCACAUCUGCCAGUCCAGGACUCAAUAGCCGGAUCCUAAAAAGAAAAGUUGCUCCCUUCCAACAGUGGAACGACCCCCUUUUACCGACUUGUGAAGCCUGUAAAUCUCACUCAAAGAAACGACUGAUGAGGAAAGGCUCCAGUUCUGAUGUUCGUGGUCCACAUCAUGGACACGACACUGAGGGAGAAUCCUCUGAGAACAGCUCGUGUCACACCAGGCUUGAGUGGAGGGUAGCUGAGGAUACCAGGAGGCUCAAUGACCUCAAGAGGCCACUGGCCUCCAAGCAGAACUUAGAAAAGUGUCCUGCAGCAACGUACCCAAAGCUGAGGGAAAAGAACUGUGUGUGUAAUGAGCCACAGCAUCAGCCUGUUGUAUGGGAGAGGCUGCGUCACUGUCCCCACGGCAACGCCAUCAGAGAAAUGGAUGAGAACUGCACCAUGCCUGUUUCCUCUCAGGACAAAUGGAGGAACAUGGAUCAGAUUUACCUGACACACAGGUGGCAAACUGAGAAGUCAUGGAAAGCAGUGAUGCCCAACCCUGACGGCUCCAAGAAUGAAGCCAGAUCACAACACUUGAAUAAACACAAGACAUCACAACCACAAUCACAAGGAACUCGUAGAAAAGACACACGAUGCUGAUUUGCACAAGAGCACAAUUCAACAAAGUGGAAAAAAGCACUUUUUAAAAAAUGAUUGUACACUUAAAUUAUUUCCACGUAAAUUAAUUGUAUAAUAAAUCACUAUGUUCACUAUUUAUUAACCUCCAAAUAAACACAUUUAUUAUA